AUGACAUCCAUCCUAGGUUGGUUACCUCAGGACAAGUGUCACCGCAUCUUCACCAGAUCAUCGGAGGAAUUCAACAUCUCCAUGGAUUUGAACAACGACAUUUCAAAGAUUGCGACCUGCACGACUUGUCGAUUCGUUGAGGACAAGUCCAAUUACUGGACCGCCGUCAUGUUCUUCAAACACCCCAACGGUAGCUACAUCCGAGUCCCCCAAAUGGCAAACCACAACACUGGACCUGGUCUUCAAGACGGUGGAAUGACGGUGUACUACUUCCAGCCUCCCAACAACGCUAGAACCACCGCGUUCCGUCCUGGAUUCCGCAUGAUUGUCGGCGACCCUAUGAGGCGUAGCGCCGCUGGUAUUCCAUCGAACUCUCCUUCCUUGAAGGCGACCACGAUGCGUUGCUUCCAGGGCAACAGUCUCGGAAACGGUGUACCAGGUGACGCUCCUGAUAGCAUGGCGUUCCCGAACCAACCUUGUUCUGGCGGUAUUCGUUCCAAUUUGUACUUCCCCGGAUGCUGGGACGGGAAGACGCUCGAUCCUCCUGAUCACUCGAGCCACGUUGCUUGGCCCAACGGAGGAUUCUUUGGUACCAGCUGCCCUUCGUCCCACCCCGUUCGUCUUCCUUUGCUCUUCAUCGAGAUCGUCUGGGAUACCCGACCUUUCAACGAUCGAUCCCUUUGGCCCGCCUCUGGCCAACCCUUCCUCUGGAGUAUGGGUGACCCAACUGGAUACGGUCAACACGCUGACUACGUGUUCGGUUGGGAAGGCGAUUCACUCCAGCGAGCGAUGGAUACCUGCACGAAUGGGAAUGGCAUCCCCACCGACUGCAAGGUCUUAACCGUCCAAGGCACAGACGCGAUGAACAAAUGCAAGCAAUUCGCAAAGGUUCCCGAAGUGGUCGAAGGGACCUACCUCCGAGAACUUCCAGGCUGCAACCCUAUCCAGAGCGGGCCUUCCUCAGCCACUAUGAUCAGGGAGUGCAACGCGCCUUCCACUCUGACUAACAAGCCAGUCCAAACUAUCGCGAUGCCAAUCGUCACUCCUCCCUGGCCUGUGUGUGGAAACGGCCAGCUCGAACCCCGCUGUGACUCUGUACCUGUCACGCUGACCCAACCAGGCUCGAACCCGAAUAUCACGCCUAUUAUCAUCCCUCCUGGUCCGAGCCCCGCUCCUGGCCCUGGCCCUGGACCUGUUAACCCUGCUCCUCCUCCCGCUGGAGCGAUCCCCAAGUUCGGACAGGAUGGGGAAGUGACGCCUUCACUCUUCACAGUGGACUGGUUCAGGUAG